UCUUUAAACUUUGUUCUUCUCGGUUUCCUUUCUUUCUGCCAUUUCGUGGCGAACAAGAGUUGUUGUGUUGUUCAAAUCUAAAGAAUUUAUAGUCAUGUCAAACAGAUAUGCUAGACCACCCAAUACUUCCUUAUACCUUCGAAAUCUAGGUAGUGGUACGAGACCAGAAGACUUACGACGAAUCUUUGCCAAGUAUGGUCCUAUUCGUGAUAUCUAUAUACCACUAGACUACUACACUCGAGAAGUUCGUGGAUUUGCUUAUGUUCAAUAUGAGGAUAUAAGAGAUGCUGAAGAUGCCUUACAUUACGAACAACGUACAAGACUUCUAGGAAGAGAACUCGAUGUUCAAUACGCUGAAGGAGAUCGAAAGACGCCUGGGCAAAUGAGAACGAAGGAGGAUACAGGUUCCUACUAUGGUGGAAGAGGUGGUGGAGGUUAUGGCGGGAGACGAGGAGGUAGAUAUUCAAGAAGUCGUAGCAGAACACCACCUAGGAGACGCAGACGAAGUCCAUCACGCUCACGAUCACGCUCUCGAUCAAGAAGCCGAGGGAAAAGAAGAAGUCCAUCACGAAGCCCGGUACGCCGUUCAAGAUCACCCAAGAGAUCAGCCUCGCCGAAGAAGUCACGUAGUAGCAGCCGUUCGAGAUCAAGAUCGCGGGAACAACGUUCGCGUUCACCUUCGCCGAAGGAAAACGGGAAAGACUGAUGACAACGCGUUUUAUUGAUUGAUUGUUGAUUUUAUAAAUUUCUGUCAUGACAAUUUGUUAAAGAGAAAGUUGUUUAAUCUAACGAUUACGCCUGUAUAUAGUAGUGCUAACAAAGCUUUUUAAUA